AUGACGACAGAAGACACGCUGUCCUGGACACGAGUUCGCGCACUCGCCUACUACGGUCCGACACACGAUUUAGUGCACAGCGGACCUAUCAGCGAAGCCUCGAUACACGGUGUAGCGGAUGAUCGCAAACGUGAGAUUGGGAAGCCAAACACAUGGCACUGGAAGGUCGUAGAUACAGAUGUCGAGCCCAGCUCCGACGACCCAUCAAAUAACGGCGGGCGGACGAUCGCUGUGUCAGUGUGGAGUAUGCAUAACAUGCAACCAGGAAGGGGAGAAGAGGAGACUAUGCCUGGUUUCCUGCCUCCGGAACUGCGUCUCGAUGUUCUGGGGUCCUUGUUGGGUCCUCUACGGGCUGCUCAAGCUUCCAUCAUGGGCACAUCGACGCCUUACUUUAUGCUGAAUCAGCUGGCGACGCAUCCGGAUCACCAGGGUCGUGGGGCAGCGAAGUUGAUGCUAGAUUGGGGGAUGCGGAAGGCUGACGAAGAGGGAAUGGUGACAUAUCUGGAUUCGUCGAUGACAGGAAGGCCUAUAUAUGAGAGGAGGGGAUUCGAAGUGGUGAAGGCACUUGAGUGGGAUCGUGUGCCUUGGGGCGGUGAAGGAAAGGACUGGCAUGGAUUGCUGCCGCUCGCCAACUCGGCCGGAGGACACAGGCUUGGAGUCAAUGGCUUGGCCGUCGACCCCCAGAAUUCGAUCCUGUACUCGGGCGGACGUGAUGGCGUAAUAUGCGCAUGGGACCUGCAUCUCGACCUCGACAAGACCGACGACGACGACGACAGCAGCGACCCUUUUGCCGACUCCAACGUCGUCGACUCCAAGCCCCCGCCUACCCAGUUCCGCAACCAGGUGCAGGCGCACACGCACUGGAUCAAUGACAUUGUCCUCGCCCAGAACAACGACGCCCUCGUCUCCGCCUCGUCCGACAUCACCGUCAAGGUGUGGCGACCCGCUGCCACGGACAAACUCCCGCCCCAGACAAUCGGCCUGCACACCGACUAUGUCAAGCGCGUCGCAUCGCCGGGCGGCAGCGAGAACUGGGUAGCCUCGGGCGGGCUGGACCGCAAGAUCAGCCUCUGGGAUCUCAAUGGCGCGGGUAAGAAGCUGGAAAUCGCAGUGGGCGAGGACGAGAAUACCGCAAAGGGCUCAGUCUACGCCCUGGCAGCAACACCCAACCUCAUCGCAAGCGGCGGUCCCGAGAGCAUCGUCCGCGUAUGGGACGCGCGAUCGGGCAAGCGCAUCACCAAGUUUGUCGGACACACCGACAACGUACGCGACAUCCUUCUCGCGCACGACGGCGACACCAUCCUGACUGGCUCAUCCGACCAAACAGUCAAGGUCUGGUCCAUGACGGCAGGUCGCUGCAUGUACACACUGACCAUGCACAACGACAGCGUAUGGUCUCUGCAUUCAGACUCACCCGAACUCGACGUCUUCUACUCCUCAGAUCGCUCCGGCAUAGUCGCGAAGAGCGACGUGCGCAACUGCGCCGAGAUGGACGAGGGACUAUCGCUAGCAGUAUGCCAGGAACACGAAGGUGUGAACAAGAUCGUCGCAGCUGGCCAUUACAUCUGGACUGCCACGUCCAGCUCGAGCAUCAACCGAUGGAACGACGUCGAAACCGCGGCCGAGGUUGAGCUUCCCGAGUCGCACAGAUGGCAGAGAAACAGCGUGUCGACUAUGCAAUCGCGCAUCCCCUCGCCUCCUGCUGGUAGCCCUCCAAAGAACGAAGCGGCAUCCAAGAUACCGCUCAAGUCUCUACUGCGCAUGUCCAACACCGCACCCUUCCCGCGAGCACUCGCGACCAAAGACCCCGACGCAUCCACAUUAGCCAGCGCGCGCAAACCAUCCGAGGUACUAGCAGCCCCAGAGCACGGUGCCGUUGGAACUGUUCGCGCUCUGCCAGACUUCACAAUCGAAGGGCAGAAUGGUCUCAUCAAGCACCACCUCCUCAACGACCGGCGAAGAGUCCUUACACUUGAUACGGCAGGUGAAGUGGUUUUGUGGGAUCUACUGCAAUGUGCACCCAUCAAAUCCUACGGCAAAAAGCACAUGGAGGAUGUACUACCAGAGGUUAACACCCAGGACAGCGUUGCACACUGGUGCGCCGUCGACACAAGGAUAGGAACUUUGACAUGCAUGCUCGAGGAGAACUACUGCUUUGAUGCCGAGACAUACGCAGACGAGUUGGAUCUAGAGGAGCAGAUUGAGUUCCGAGAAGACCAUCGCAUAAAUCUUGGCAAGUGGAUCUUACGCUAUCUCUUUUCCAAUCUCAUCGACGAGGAGAUCAAGCGCGAUGAGGUCUUGCGUGCAGAGUUACUCAAGCAGAAGGAGGAACAGCCGCAGCCCAAUCGUCCAACUAACAUCGAGCUGCCAAACAUGAACAUAAACGGAUGGAAGGAUGCAACUUCAGGGCCUACUUCGGGUUCGACUAUCAAAGCUGAGAACGGAUUGCGUCUGCCGCACACACCAGGUCUGGCUAUCGGUCUAGCUACGCCAAUGGCAGCACCAAUGAGUGCGGGACGCAACUCUACCACCAACCCUCUGACUCCAACCAAAGAAGAAGGCUCGCAACUAGAAAAGACACAAACCCAGCGGAGCUCGACUCAAGAAGGUGGCGACUAUUUUGGUUCCGCUUCUGCUACCAACGGUAACGGAAACGGAAAGUCCGCAGAGGCUACCAAGGAAGGCUCCACAGAUUCAAAAGAAGAAACUGUACAAUCACCUACCGAGGCCGACACGCCAGCGAAAAAGGGCAAAGGCAUGUUUGGCAAGAAGUUCAACAUGGGCUUCAGCAUGAAGAAGUUCAGCACUGGCACAGCCGUCCCUGAGCCUGCCAAGCCCGCUGUUGACGAAAAGGCCGAAGACAGCGAUUCGCGGUCUACCAAGACGAACGAGAAGACCAUCGAAGACAACUUCUACGGAGCUCUUCAACGGAUACAGCAGGGCUAUGAAGAGCAACUUGCAGCCGGCGCAACAAAGUUGGAUACGCAGAUUGCGCCCAGUUUGCCCAACGAAACACCUGUACUAAAGCCACCUGCCAUGACUACCAUUUUGAUCCAGGAAGAUCGUCCAGACUCUGGCGGUGUGGCUGAUCUCUUCGAGGGUAAAGUCGGCACCCUGGGUUCGCAGGCUGACCUCAUCGAGAAAGCGGCACCAAUGUGGCUGGCCGAAGUCUUGCUACGGAACCAACUCCCACCCAAGGACAUAGUCAAAGUAUCCUUCGUCCUCGAACCCUUUGGGAACGCACUGCCGUCCAUUUCUUCCGACGGGUACAUUCCCUUUUCCCUCCCCUUCGAAACCGCAGCCUUGGCUAAUUCGAAACUCAGCAACAACCGUCUCAACGCAAACCGCAUGCUUCGUGCGCGCAAGAUAUUGGGCUACGUGGCUGAGCGCAUUGAACCUGCGCCCACCAAGGAGGAUCUGGAAAAGCAGGCCGAGACAGGUGGUGUGCUGAAGCCUGAUGAGUAUCUGGAGCUGUAUUGUAAUGGACAGUUGAUUCCUCCAACGAUGACGCUCGCUAGUAUCCGCGCACACGUCUGGCGCGGUGGCGGCGACGUACUUCUUCUUUACAAGGCAAACGGCCGCAAAGAGAUCAGGCACGCUCCUUAUCCUGGUCCGCAGUCUGGUGCUCCGCCCGGUCCUAUACAUGGAUUGAAGGUUGGCGCUGGUUUGAACUCGGGACCGGGUAGUAGUAAUGCAAGUGAGGGAAAGCAGAGCAGUGAGGCGGAUAGGAGUACCAAGGACGCUGCC